GAGAAAAUUAUGGAGAAUAAUUGAGAUAAUUCUGUAAGGAAAAAAGCUCUAGAGUUAUGCGUGACAUCCGUUUAGAUACGAGCAACAGGCACGAUAUUUCUUGCAUUUUAGAGCAACAGAGGCGAAUGGAAAAAGGAAGAAUUGGUUGGAAGAGCAAAAUGGAUAUGGAAUCCCUGUACGACUACGGGGAGGAGGAACAGGAUUUCUACGAGGAGAGUCCUGGUACCAGGAAAGGUUACCCGAUCGAUCACAGAUCCAUCAAGCGGGAUGCUAGAGGCGUGGGCAGUUAUCUGGGAGGCGGCAGCAUUAGCGACGGUGGCGGCAUGUUGACGGGUAUGGCGAAGUUGAUGAAACAAGAGCUGGCCUCUGACGCCGAGGAAGAGGGCCUGGUGCCUGCCCUCUCCGGCAGGUUCACCUCGAUGCGGAAAGUGCCCUCUCUCUCCGACCUAUCCGAUCCAGAGAGCUCCUUGGAUAUACCGGCACAAGUGCCGCCGUUAACACCUGGGACCAACAAGAAGAUGACCGAGGCCCUGGAGGCCUCUUUCGCCUCCUGGGAGAAGGAACGAGUCCGCCUCAACAUAACCAAAGGUGAGUGCCGCCUUUUUUCCUUCCUUUUCUUCUUCUUCUUCUUCUUCUUCUUCUCUCGAUACACGAUAUAUCCCAAUCUCGCGGAAAACGUUCCUUUCUUUUUUUCUUUUCUUUUUUUCUCUCUUUUUUUGCUCCCUUCUCUUUAUGCGCGUUUCAUGGCGUACAGGUUUCUCGACGAUGCGGCGAUGUGCAAGAAUUGUGAAUGUGAUGUUGAUGGUUCUGAUGGGGAGCCGAUGCCACACAUCCGGCGGAAAAUGGUGGCAGAACUGAGGAAAGUUUGUUCCGUUUUCCAUCCAGAUGUCGACGCGGCGAAGGCCUCUCUGGAGAACGUGGCGGGCAACAUGUACGAAAGCGUAUGCGUGCCAGAUUUAGGUGAUUUCUUGGGAUACCAGAGCGGCGGCGGCGGUGGUCAUCAGGUCGCGACGCCGGAACACAAGAGUCCAGCGACGCCAGCGAGUUCCGCAACCUCGAACUCGUCGGGCCCGCAAAACGGCGGAAACCAAGCGGGGGCCCCGUUGCAACCACCUUCCGCCUCGGUCUCUCUGCCCUCGAGACAGUAUCAUAACGAUGGAGGUUACAAUCAUUUACGCAGUCCCGUGUGCCAAGACGAGAAUCAGAGGGAUGAAACCUCGCCGCCACCCCAUAGCCAUAACACUCAAGCGCCCAACUCUCAUUCCAGUACUCCGAAUAGCAACAAUAACAAUAACAAUAACAAUAACGCGAACAACGCGUAUAUACAUCUACGGAACUUAAAUCAGCUCAAAACGGAGUCGAACUACAGCAAUCACCAUAUAACGGAACACCUCCAAGGGGGUGGAGCAGGUUUGACGAGCGGCAACGAUCUCGCGGGUACAGGGACCAACGAGAGCGAUUUAAGGGUUAGCCAAGCCGCCACGGAGAGCUACAUGACUCCGGCAAAUUAUUCCGGAUACGAUGAAGCCUCCGAGUAUCAUAGCCUGCCGCAGGAUCAUCAACCGCCGCAUCCUUUUAAUCUCGACGGCUCGCCGGAAUUUUACAGCACCAGUGGAAUUCAUCUCGAGCCCAAGUAUCAGCAAUCGCCUUUUAAAAAUUAUCCUCGAGGUCGAUACCACGAGGGAUACAGUGAGAGCGGUGGAUACGGGCAAUACGACGCGACGCCAUUCCAAACGGUUCCUGGAAGCGGAAGCGGAGGUGGAGGUGGUGGCGUUGGGGGUGAUCAAUGGGGAGUAGGCCCUCUCGAGCACUUGUCGCAUCAUCCGGCAUUCCUAGCCGGUCUUGGUCCAAGGGACUCUUCCAAUCCUCAUCAUCCCUCGUCUAUAGGAAAUAAUCCUGAUCAGAAGCCUCUGUUGCAGAGCGCGAUGAUCCCUGGUUAUACGAGCAGUGGACCUUGCUUUACCGGUUCCGGUCCCAUUCAACUUUGGCAGUUUCUGUUAGAGUUGUUAACAGAUAAAUCAUGCCAAGGCUUUAUCUCGUGGACCGGCGAUGGCUGGGAGUUUAAGCUGACGGAUCCAGAUGAGGUGGCACGUCGCUGGGGCAUCCGCAAGAACAAGCCUAAAAUGAAUUACGAGAAGUUGAGCCGUGGUCUUCGUUAUUAUUAUGACAAGAAUAUUAUACAUAAAACAGCCGGCAAACGAUACGUUUACCGUUUUGUCUGUGACUUACAGAGUCUCUUAGGAUACAGUCCAGAAGAACUCCACGCAAUGGUAGAUUUGAAGCCAGAGAAGAAGGAAGAAGACUGAGUUUUUGUUAUGAGACGUGUUUGAGGACUGUGUCGUUUUGUUAAAUGAAAAAAAAAAAAAAAAAAAAGAAAGGAAAAAGGAAUACGAAUAAUUCCUUGGUAUCGCACUGGAACAAAGCUAAAACUGAUAAUGUAACAAACAAUGUGAAAUGAAACGAAGAAACGAGUAACUGGUGUAUUGUUAAACGAAAGAAUUCUUCUAAUGGCUA